CGGUGUUUAGAAAGUCCGACAUCGGGAGCACGAUGAGGUACACCUUGGUACCAGAAGACGGUACCCAUCGGAAAGGUGUACCAGAAGGUUCACCAGUCCCGUCCGCGGUGGGGGUAACCUUAAGCUAGCGGUGUCAGACGGUGCCGAACGCUCACUGCUCGUCGAUUCGCCGAGCGAUCGACAUCGAGUGUUCAGAGAGGAUUUUUCGUCUCGGAGGCAGCUGUCGCGCGGAAGAAGAGGAGGAAAGGAAGAAGGUGAAGAAGAAGAAGAGGAGCCAAUUUAGCUGUCGAUCAGUGCUUGGAAAGGUACACCCAGGGAAGAUGGAGAAGGAACAACCGGACUCGUUGGCCACGGUAGCCGUCGUCUCGGAGAAGAUGGCACAGCCUCAUAGCAAUUACGCGCCCAGCGAGGUUUACUCUUCUGCCGAACCGCCGCCGGCAUACAUGAGGCCAAAGAGUACAGCCGUUCAAAUCGCCAGGAUCGCGGCGGUUACUAUGGUGACGAUGUCCGUGGUCCUGGGAAGCUUCAUCCUCGCCGCUUCCUGGGUCCAAGCUCGUGCGUCCUGUACUCCUGAGUCGAUAGCCGCGAUGCAAGCGGAACUGAGGCUCCAACAACAACAACAACAACAACAACCUUCUGUUACCUAUCAGCAAGGUGAAUUCUUGAAACAUUUGCAGCCAGAAGCGCUCAUACAGGACACGAGUGAGACGAAGGAGGCACAACAGACUUUAGUUGAACAGGCGCCAACGAAGGAGCCUGAGCCAGAUACCAAGGAUAUUAAACUCCAAAAAGAAGAUGAAAAUAAUUCGAAGUCGGACAGCGAGAGCAGCGACCAUGACGAUGAUGAAGAUGACUACGAUGACGACGAGUUCCCUCCGAUGCACAUUAAACUGCCCCUGCAGUUUAAUUUCGACGAUAUCGCAGGCACUUUGAUCCAAGAGGCACGUAGCAGAGUUUCUUGCGUGGUGGAAAGACGUAGAGCUGAUCAAGUAAUGGACGGUGCUAAUGACAAUAAGAUAGAGAAUGGUACUGAUUCUCGUUAUCAAAGGCUGAGCGGUGAACGCGUUGCUAUCCUUUGCGAAUCUGGAAAUCCUCAUCAAGAACAACAAGAACAAGAGAUGCUUACCCCGAUCAUCAUCCCUCUGGGAACUGUCCAAGUACCUCUUCAGUCUCAGGAUGUCAACCCAGGCUACCACCAAUACCAAGUGCACACUCAGUAUCAAGUUCCUGACAUGCAACAGUUGCCUCUGAGCGAUCCGCGUGGGUUGAACCACAUCCCGCCCGGCAUACUUCCCCCUGAACUGCGACAAAUUCCUCAAAUAAAUACCGAAAUGAGGCCACCGCGAGUGGGACCGCAAGGACCAAUGAUGGGACCUCAAAAUCAACCGCUGGGACCGCAAAUUGAAGUGCGCCGUAUUCCCAUCGAACUCCGCCACUACCCAGUGAACCCUGUGAGAGGUAUGCGACCCCCGAUGCCCCAGGAGCCUCAGAUAAUGUUCCAUCAAGUUGAGCAGAAUCCUGGUGUAUACGGUCCAGAACAAGGUCCAGCCAUGAUGCCUCCUCCAGUUCCACAGUCAGAAGCCCAAGUUCACGAACAGAGGGUUAUCCCGCACAUGAUGAUCCCGCAGACCGAGCAACGACCACCCCAAGUUCAACCUCAGGUGCAACCGCAGAUGCAGCCUCAGAUGCCACCUCAGAUGCCACCUCAGAUGCCACCUCAGAUGCCACCUCAAAUGCCACCUCAAAUGCCACCUCAAAUGCCACCUCAGCCACAACCUCAGCCUCAGCCACAGCCGCAGCCUCAGAUUCCUGAGCGAGUACGUUCACCGUUCCAAGGAAUUCCGUUCGAAAUCCGUAGGAUCAUCCAGCAAGUGCCUUUGGAGAUCAAAAAUAUCAUCCAGCACAUCACUGGAGAAGCGAGACCAGUUCCUGCGCAGGUGCCAGAUGGUGCUCGCCGCGAGAACGUUCAAGAAUUCAAACCGUUCCCCGAAGGAGCACAACCCAUUCCUUUGGGACUUCCACUUCCCAUAGAGGUGCGAAAUCUAUUGGAACAUGGAAACAUCGAAGGUCGCCAGAGGCCAGAUGGGUCGAACGAACAACAGGAAGGUAAAUCUUUCUCUGAAUCAGAAGACGAAAGCGAAGAGGAGAGGAACUUCCCUGUACCAGCGGAAAUUCGUAAUAUAAUCCACCAGGUUGUUGACGCGAAUUCUUUCGCCAUUCCAAGAUUUGCUCUUCCGUUGAGACCCGUGGAAUCUUUGGAAAUACCAGUUGAAGCUCGUGCUGAAGUGACUGACGGUCAGAGUUCCGAGCAAGAAUCAGAGCAACGACAACAGGAACAGCAACAGACUCAUAUGAUGAUACAACAACAACAGCAUCAACAAAUGCAACAGCAGCAACAGCAGCAGCAGCAACAGCAACAGCAACCACAGGAACCGGAAGAAGAAAGCCGCCCGCACUAUGUGCAACCACGUUCAGUGCGAUCCAUUCCGGAAGCGUUCACCCACCGCCGCGAGAAACGCGUCCGUCGUUGCGCCUGUGACUGCGCUUGCUAAUUCCACGUUCGUCACGUCGGAUCGGGUGUGGACCGUUGCACCCGGUCGAGUAUAACGUUAUAAAAAGAAGAGACGUUCAUCCUGGAGUACACGCGACGGGUUCACGCAAUCAAACGGGAUACCAUUGCACUCGUUCCUUUCAAAUUUCGCAUUCUUACGAGCUUCGAUUGCAACAAAUGCAACUUGUACAUCGAACAAGAAAAGCCGAUUCGGUUAGAGGGUAGCAAAGAUUAAAAGUGUUUCGUUAACUUCGUCAUGUAAUCAUCCUAACGAUACAACGGGGCCACGCCUGCGUUUCGUUUUGGUUGAUCGUGCUACUUUGGUAUAAAAAAAAGAGAUAAGAUAACAAUAAAAAAAAGAAGAAAAGAAACUAUGUAGCUGCGGUGAUAUCGUAAAAUUUUCUAUCGUACCAGUGAUAUUUUUUGAACUAACAUACCAGCAUCGGAGUAAGCGCAUUAAUUUUCGUUAUUUUCCUCUUCUUUGCGUGAUAAUGGCUACAUACAUAAAGGGAAAACGGGCGAGACAGAAAUAAAUCUGUGAUUGUUUCGAAACAACUUUUUUUAUUAUAAUUGGCAACAGACUCAUUCGAAACAUGAGAAAUUCGAUACGUUGUAGAUGAAUGUGGCCAAGAGAGUCUUCGAAUGUUUUAUUAUAUAUGAACAUUUUUCGUCAGGUCUUAUUGAACAAAUUGUAAAAGAUUUUUGUUGUUUGGACGGAAAUAAAUUUUGAUUAUUCGAUUGUAGAGCUCAAUCGAAUUUGAUCACAACGUAUAUUCGGGUAGCUUUUGACUAUAUGUACUUAGAUACUCGGUUUGU